AGUAAAAGAGGAAGAGGAGGCUAUCUCAAUUAAAGAGGAGGAAGACGUUUUAGGAGUGAUAAAGGAGGAGGAGGAGUCAGAAUAUCCGAUUACCACCAGAGAGAGACAUGACUAUCAUGGAUUCUCUGGGGAGCAUCAACAACAUCCUGAUGCUGACGAGGCAGAGAAGAGUCUCUCCAGAUCAGAACACCAGAUGGACAACGCUAGCCCUUCCUCCCUCCCGGAGUCCCCAUGUCGUUUCUCUCCCGGUAGCGCCUUACUGCUGGGUAUGAAGAGGUUGUCUGUGCUGCUGGUGGACUGCAGGAAAACAACGGGGCUGAGGGGAACUGUGAGAGGAGGAGAAGAGAAGAAAGGAUCAGAUUUGACUCAUCAAAGAGAAAGACCAGACUCAGAGGAACCAGAGCCAGUGAAGUCCAAACCAGCAAGACAACACCUCUGCUCCCAGUGUGGAAAGAGUUUUAACCAGAAAGAGCACCUUAAAAAACAUGAGAGAAUACACACAGGGGAGAAGCCUUACCACUGCUCCCAGUGUGGAAAGAGUUUUAACCAGAAAAGCAACCUGAAAAAACAUGAGAGCAUACACACAGGGGAGAAGCCUUUCCAAUGCUCCCAGUGUGGAAAGAGGUUCUUCUGA